CAUCAGUUUCAGUUCCAUUCUGUGCUGCUGAACGCGCGGACGCACUGUGGACACGUUCCAACCAACGAAUGCAAUAACAAAGGCAAAAGGCAUCAAAUUCAGGAGUGAACGAAAAUUACGCACAUGUGUGUGCUUACAUUAAUUUUGUUAUAUGUCAGAUAUAUAUAAACAGAAGUAUAUAUAUCGUAGCUAUAUGUGAACUAUAAGUUGCAAGUGCAGUGCGUGCAACAGUGAGUGCAAGAAUUUAACUCAGCUGCGGUGUCUGGGUGUGAAAGAACUCUGAUAAACUGUAAACAAAAGGUGAACCAAUCAAUAACAAUAACAAUAACAAAAACAAGAGAAAGGCAAGAACAAGAGAAGUGCCGCCAACGCGUUAAGAAUUGAACUGAAGAGGAGACAACAAGUUCACAGGAAAUCAUAGACUCUUUUACGCGAUGUCGUCCUGUCGCCGUUGGAAAUUGACGCUCGGCGUCCUUGUGCUGGCCAUGUUGGGAAUUUUGGUGCACGGCGAGGUCUACACGGCGCUGGCGGAGAUGGAGGAACUACUUGAGACUGAAUCCGUAUUAAUAAGCAAUUUAGAGGGUUAUAUACGUGUGCAGGAGGACAAGCUGAGCUAUCUCAAGACCAAAAUGGAUGAAUACCAAAGAGAACAUGCGGAUGCAUCCAGUGAUAUUACCGCCUACGUUUCGAAUCCCAUCAAUGCAUAUCUGUUGACCAAGCGACUGACCACCGACUGGCGGCAAGUGGAGAACCUAAUGGAGCACGAUGUGGGCACGGAUUUUGUGCAAAAUCUCACGCAAUAUCGCAACGUGUUGAAGUUUCCCUCGGAUGAGGACCUUAAUGGAGCGGCGGUGGCAUUGCUACGACUGCAGGACACCUAUCAACUGGACACGUCCAGUGUGGCAAGGGGCAAGCUCAAUGGCAUCCAGUACAGCACCGCAAUGUCCUCUGAUGAUUGCUUCGAGCUGGGACGACAGUCUUAUGUUAAUCGGGACUACUACCAUACCGUAUUGUGGAUGAACGAGGCCAUGUCCCGCAUGCUGGAGGAGCCACACAAUCAGACGCAAAGCUUUACGCGUGCCGAUUUACUCGAAUACCUCGCAUUCUCCACCUACAAACAGGGCAACGUGGAGAGCGCACUGACCAUGACAAAUGAGCUGUUGCAAUUGCUGCCGAACCAUGAGCGUGCCAAUGGAAACAAGAAGUUUUACGAAAAGGAAAUUGCCCACCUGCAGGAGCUGAGGAAAAUGAAGGGCGACGAUGGCACCGACGAGAUACCCGUCUCUGAUCUGCCUGUGGCUAAAAGCGAUCCGGGUGUCUUCGACAUGACCGAACGCAAGGCCUACGAAAUGCUCUGUCGAGGUGAACUGAAACCUUCUCCAGCUGAUAUGCGACCAUUACGCUGUCGCUAUGUGAGCAACAAUGUGCCCUUCUUGCGGCUGGCGCCACUCAAGCUCGAGGAGGCCCACAUGGAUCCCUACAUUGUCAUCUAUCACGACGCCAUGUACGACAGCGAAAUUGAGGUGCUCAAGCGCAUGGCUCGUCCACGUUUCCGGCGUGCCACUGUGCAGAAUUCGGUGACGGGUGCUCUGGAAACUGCCAACUAUCGCAUCAGCAAGUCAGCCUGGCUAAAGACCGCUGAGCAUCGUGUUAUUGCCACAGUUGUGCAACGCACUGCCGACAUGACGGGUCUCGACAUGGACUCUGCCGAGGAGCUGCAAGUGGUUAACUACGGCAUCGGUGGUCACUACGAGCCGCACUUUGACUUUGCGAGGCGUGAGGAAAAGCGCGCAUUCGAGGGUCUCAAUCUAGGCAAUCGCAUUGCCACCAUGCUCUUCUAUAUGAGCGACGUGGAGCAGGGUGGCGCCACAGUCUUUACUUCGCUGCAUGCUGCACUGUGGCCCAAAAAGGGCACGGCGGCAUUUUGGAUGAAUCUGCAUCGCUCGGGCGAAGGAGAUGUGAGAACGCGACAUGCCGCCUGUCCAGUUUUGACUGGCAGCAAAUGGGUCUCUAACAAGUGGAUUCAUGAGCGUGGUCAGGAGUUCAGAAGACCCUGCGAUCUGACAGCAGAUCAUGGUGAUUUCGCCAUCUAGGGCAACUGCUAAAAGAAUGCUGAAGCUGGAUGAUAUCUCAACUGCCAGCUGCCUCUAUGUGCUUACUCUUUCUACUUACAUACCUACAUACAAGCAUAUGUAACUUGACCAGCCGGAAAUCGAAUUCUAUUCCUAUUGUAAAUACAGCACCUACACCUAAAAUGGAGGCCCGGCUGCUGCUCAACACACACACACACACACUCAAUCACAUACAUCUUUUUUUUCCAACUACAUACCAUUGUUUUGGUAUUAGUUUUUACCUUAGGCAUGCUACUAUUAUUGAAUUUAUCAACUUUUUGUAUAUUGAUAGUUUUAACAACUAGACAAAAAAAAGCAAUCUCAAUUAAAACGAACACACUUAACGAGUGUAAAUAAAAUACAAGAAAUUGAA